AUGUCAGAUCGACUGACACAAUUGCAAGAUUUGGUUAAUGAAUUAGCGAAUUUAAUGUGCAAUUCAAUAGGAGUUUUGCGCUUAACAGCUCCUUCAUGUGACUUCACUGGGCCAUCUAAAGCUUUAGAAGAAGAGAAAAACUGCGAAAUCUUUGCUACCACAAUUGCACAUACGGCUAAAGACAUCGAAAUUCUGAUAGAUUCUUUACCAAUAGACGAACCCGCUGCUAGUAAUGCUGAAAUUGAUUCAGCUUUGCUGAAUAUGGAUGAACAGCGGAUUAGAGCAGCUCGCGAACUGGAACAAACAGUAGUUGAAGGCGAAGAACUUAUUAAGAGAAUUCAAAAGGCAUUAGUUGAAAUUGCACGUUAUCAGAUGUUGUCUCGUUCGUUUGUUUAA